GGUCACACUUAACAAGUAGAAUAGAACUUUUUAGAAAUAGGAAAAUUAUUUAUAAUAAUAAUAAUAAGCAUAAUACAAAAUGAAAUUCCGUUUCUGCGGCGAAGGGGAUUGCCCCGAUUGGGUAUUGGCCGAAAUCAUAUCAACACUCUCCAACUUGAGUAUAGAGAAUCUGGAAAAGCUAAGCGAUCUGGUGGCUCAAAGAAUAUGUGGCGGAGCUUUUGAGGAAGCGGCCAUCAAAUCGUUGACAUCCACACUCACUAAUGAGGGGAAAACGGCCGUGGCCUGCAUCAACUUUAUGCUGAUCAAUGCAUCCCGCUACAACUGCACGGAGAGCAUAUUUGGAGAGGAGAUCCAACAGCUAGGCCUUCCCAAGGACCAUGCUGCGGCCAUGUGCCGUGUGCUGCAGAAACAUUCCGGUUCCAUACGUCAGAAACUGUUAGAUAAGGCAUUUAGAAUUAACGAGCUGCAAAGCGUACGUAAUGUAACCUCGCCUGGCGAAACGCCAGCAAAUUGUGCCACCCUGGAACUGAAAAUCUCGCAAGAACUGGUCGAUGGCCUGCCCAAGGAUACCACGCAUAUUGUUAACUUCGAACGCUCGCAUCUGAAGGCUCUGCUGGCGGAGCUGAAAGUGGCCCGCGAUAUUAUGGACAAAUACGAAAAUUAAAACUAGAAAGCAAAUGCGAUGAAAGAAAAUUGAAGAGAGUAUUACAUCUUUAUUGGAAUACACCGCAGCUUUGCUUGAUUAAGACUCGGCCUUUGGAAUGUAUAUUACUGCGAAAUCAAUCAGUGAGACUGUCGGUCAGUCAGGGAGAACAUUUUAUAUAAUAUAGAUGUCGAUUCAACGGGAUUUUGGCACCCGAUUGCAGAUGAUUCACGAACAGAUGAAUACAAUGAACUCUUCCCAGUUUAUGGAGCACAACAGUUUCAAAAACCCUUUUGAAGUCCCGUUUGGAUAUGGCAAGGAAGACAGAGCUUUGGUAUGAACACCUGGAAUGCAUCGCGUAACCAAAUUUUGAUGAUGCAUCCAGCAAUGACGUGCUGGAUAGAAUAUGAUGCCUGUGAUUCUUAUUUAACCCGCGGCCAUUAUUGAAAGAAACUGCUAAGGAAUUUAUUGAUCGCAAUAACUAAAAUAGAAAAAUCCUUAAAAAUCUGUA